GUCAAUCAUUUUCAUUCCCAAACCUUUCACAACUUCAGAGAGAGGUCAUGUCCUUUGAGGUACGUAUGAAGUGCCGCGAAAUGUUGGCCGGCGCCCUCAAGCUGGUCGACACGGCCGAAGGAAGUGCGGAUCCCGAUGACAUGGCCACCCGUCUGGAGGAGGCCAUUUACGAUGAGUUAAGGAACUCGGAGUUUAAGUACAAGAACCGCAUACGGUCACGUCUAUCCAAUUUGCGUGAUCCAAAGAAUCCGGAACUUCGUGAGAAGUAUAUGAGGGGUGAGAUUUCUCCGGAUACGAUGGCCAAGAUGACGCCCGAGGAUAUGGCCACUGAUGAUCUAAAGCGUAUCCGCCAGAGCUAUUCCAAGCAGGCCAUCAACCAGGCUCAGAUGCGUAAGGUCCAAGGCACUAAGACGGAUGUGUUUAAGUGCGAUCGCUGCCAGAAGCGCAACUGCAUCCAGUUGCAUACCCAGGAUGGUGACGAGCCAAUGAUUACAUUUGUCAUUUGCGAAGAGUGCGGUCAUCGGUGGAAGGGCUAAGGUGGGGGUGGUUGUUGGAGGAAGGAGAAGAGAAGGAGGUGACUUCAGCUUACAGCAGGCUCUUUUACACUCUUUACAAGGACACGGAGGAUAACAGGAGGAGGUAACUUCGUCUUAUGAAAGGCUCUUAACACUUCUACCAAGUACAAGAACAAGUUAAUGGGCGGAGGAGUACUCGUACACUGGAAACAAAGGAGACUAACAUUCCCUAAACACAAAGUUUAACAAAAAUAAAAAUAAAACCAAACCACCAAAAGCAAAAAGGUAAAAAAAGCCUUAAAAAAGA